CGACAAGAAAUAGUAGAGCACCUCUUCUCAAGUUAAACAAAAACAAAAUUAAACAGUAAUUAGUUUAUUCUUGAACAAUGUAUUUCUAAGCCUGUACGCUAGACGUCAAAGAGAAAAAAAGUGGGAAGCAAAACAAAAACGAUCCGGUCUCGCGGUUCUAUCCUUGCUAUUAUGCAACGCGCAAUCAGUGGGACCAAGCUGGUUCGCCUCUCCUCCAUUCAUUUGAACCGGCUACGAGGCACGUCAAACUGGAAACGGUUUCGCGGUCGCGGCUCUGAUAGACAGGUGUAAUAAACCGGCGUCGAAGACAGACAGACAACAGACAGGUAGGCGAGAGUGAAAAGCUCCUGUCGCCUGGUCUCGGAUACUGGAACACGUUCUCCUCGAUUCCCGUUUCGACCGAAUCCCGUUCCCUAAACGAUCGACCACGAAGACAAGCCAAACUGGCGGCUCGGCCAGCGACGACUCGGCUCGCGAGUGGUCGAACCGGGCUGCCUGGUGCAUCUCCAGGAGAAGAGAAGAAGAAGAAGAAGAGGAGCAGGAAGCUGGGGCCGCAUUUUUGCCCUGCCGAGUCAGGUUGUGACGUUCGAGCGGAAGAACGAGAUCGGCGGUGAAUCAGGAAGGCCAUCGAGGGGGUAGGGCGGCCACGCGCGGAUCCGCGCGAGGAUCUCGCAGCGUGCGACGGACGAAGAGAGAGAUCCGGAUAUUCCUGCGCCGGAAUAGCAGGUUCGACGGUUGUUGAUUCAGUUAUCACGUGGCGCGGCCAGACCGAGUCUGGACAGGCCAGACCAGGCCAAGGGAAUCCGUGGAUGUCGGCCAAACCAGUCGGACACCACGAAUUCUACAUCCUCUCGUCGUUCACCAGGUGGAUAGUUAGUAAAACCAGUUGGCGUUCCCUCUUCUCCCGGCUCGUUCAUCUCCUCCUACUACUGCCGCGUGGUCUCGCCGAAGGAAGGAGGACAGCCCCGCGUAAAACUGGAAUUCAGCCCGCGACCGUCGGACCGAUAGACGCAUAGACAGGUGUAAUAAUAGACGCAACGAGGAAGCAGAGGAGGAUCGACGAUCAUAACGAGCGGACGCGAAUCGCAGCGACCAACGAGACGUUUCACACUCAACGAUCUUCUCUAUUAUUUUCAUUGAUCGACUAGAGGGAUGAAAUGUGUGCCGGAAGAGGAGCCAAGUUCUUUGAUCUCCGUGUUCUAAUCGAAACUGAAUCCGGGGAAGAUCGCACGGGACAAGAGGGUGGUAAGAAGAAUAAGAGAAACAACGGGAUGAACCGGCUACGCUUGUGCUAGAAGGAGAAAGAGAGAGAGAGAGGGACGACACAACAGGGUGGCGGGAAGUAGGUAGGUCGGUGUCUACCUACUACGCGGAAGAAGGAGAUUGGGGCGACCUGGGAGAGAAGGAGUAGAGGUACACGAAGCCGGUAUACAACCGCGGACCGGAGACGAGAAGCCAGAGGAGCAGGUUCGGCCGGUCUAACCUGAUUCUCAAAGGGAACCCUGCAUCAGAUUGGACCCACCUCCGUGGGUCCGUUUGUAUCUCAAGUACCUGUACUCCCUCGCCUCGCGUCAGUGGACGAUGCCCGCGGAGACUCGACGAGUCUUUUGCGAGGAACUUACGAAUCUCAACCGUCGAGAAACCAUCUCCGGACAAUCGAGGCGAACGAGCCGGCAACGGGUCCUGUUCGUCCGUAGUGUCCGUCGUGUUAGCUUUUCAAUUUAAUCGACGAGGCCGGGUCCUCGGUGGUGAUCGCAGUGGUUCGACGUGACGCGGGGACUGCUUGUGAAAGUUGUCAGGCUCGGAUCGAGAUUCGACAGGGAUAAAAAUGAGCGUCCGAGAUGUUUGCUCGGGGAACGGAGACGUGUACCUGCCGUCUCGAAGUCAACGACUGGCUCGUUCUUUUUACUACCUGCGAAUACGUUUUUACCCGGAGGCCGACCGGCGCGGCUCUCGUUCGUGCGCUGUGUUUCGGUGGUGAGAAUCAGUGGCGAGUUUCGUUUGUGGGAAAAAGCGGAUAAUCCUUCCGCUGGGACGUAGGCGAGCCGAAUUAGCACGUGCGUCUCCACGCGGGGAGCCCGGAGAGUAAGAGGGUAUACGGGACAGUGUGCACAUGUACCUACAUGCGACGUGGACCGUUCGAGAAUGUUCUCCAAACGUUACAUAAACCACAAGGAACGCGUCGCACACAGGGAACGCGAUUCCAUUAGCGGAUACCAUUAACCGGGGCCAAUUAUAUUCGCGAGUCUUCCAUUCACUCGCCGCCGCAGCGCGUGUACUUACGCUACAUGCUGAUCAAGUCUGCGUGUCUCGUUCGUUCCGUAGGUACACGCAAUAAUAAGCUUCGAACGCGACACCGUUUUCGCCAGUCGAACCCCGUGUGUCUGUUUUACGUAACUAUCUUUCUAUAGACGGCAUAUACAUAGUCAUCGAUCGAUCACCGAUAGAAUUAUCGACGGAACAUACGGAGGAAUAACGAGAUUCGGAGUAAACAACCGGAAUGAGGCGAACCGGACGGAUCCCACUUGUCUCGGCUUGUUUACCGGCGGCUCACCUGCGCGUCACCUGUGCGUCAUCGCGCAGGUAGCCGGUGAACAUCCUCGGAGAAGAGGUCCGACGACGCGACGCACCUAGAUGAGAGAUUACUCACUUUAUCAGGGCUCGAGAGUGUCAUACGAAGAUCGUGGAUCCAGUGGUGGAUCGCUAGUUCUCGACGUCGAGAAAUACGCAACGAGGGAGGAGGGAUCGCCGGGGAGAGACAGAAUAGCCGGCGCGCAGGUAGCCAACGAUGGAGAAGGAAGCGGCGAGCGGAGAGACACGUUGGCUAGACGGAAACGGGACGAACGUCUUUACGGCGACCUGCACGGAUACAAACAGAGCAUCGAGUCAUCGACGAGGCAGCCGAGCGAGCCAGGGCUCUCGGCCACCCGGCAUUAUCGUGUCUCCAGGUCCGUCUUUGUUACUCCUGCCACGUCGUCCUCCUCUGGCUCGGCUACCUUGACAAGGAUACCCGGCCCUCUGCACCCGGGAGGGACGAGGAUGCCCGAGAACUCAUACCUACGUACGCAGAACGUAUCCAGGCGAGGAAUCGGAGGGCGCGAAACGGGACCCAGAUAUGCCCAAUCAACGGGCACGCAGAAAGAGGGGAACACGCACGGGUCCGGCUCCAAAAUGUGUGCUCGAACGCUCUCUCGGAGUUGGUGCGUGUCGCCAACGCGAACAUGGUUCAGCCAUCGUGGAUUCGUGUAUACGGCCAUUGGGGGACCCGCCAUCGAGGAUAGCCCUGGAAACGAAGUCGGCCGACUUCUUUUAUCGGCCUCGAUUUCAAUCCUGCUCAACGGGAAUCUUUACACGGGAGUUAAAUUCUCUUCUCUUGGUACUGAUCACUUCGACUCAACUCUCAUAAAUAUCUGUCGUUCCGUUCCAUAUUUCAAGUAAUUUUGUGAGAAUGUAUAAAAGAUUUUUAUUUUUGAUAAAUAAAUAUGAUUUAAAAAAGAUAUGUCAAGAAAUGUA